AUGAUGAGUAGUUCUUCAUGCACAAACUCUUCUGUCAAUGGAUUCUACAACUUCCUCACUCGCGGACUCAAUGAGCUUCACCAAUCCUUCCUCUCCCAUGACUUCAUGUCAAUCCAAUUCAUUUCAGAGGUCCUCUCAUCCCUCCGAUCCUUCCAUUCCCAGUUAACCAUUUUGAUCCAAAGACUCUGCUUGCCAGUUGGAGGCAAAUGGCUGGAUGAGUACAUGGAUGAAAGCUCAAGGCUUUGGGAUAUCUGUCAUGUACUCAAAUCAGCUAUUUAUGGAAUAGAGAACUAUUCCUCAACUGGCUCCAAUAUAACCUCCUCAGUGGAUGGCUACCAUCAUUUCACUCCAGAGCUUUCACAUCAGGUGGUUAGGGCCAUAAACAUUUGCCAAAGGGAGAGUCUAGGAUUGGUAGAGGAAAACAAAAGCAUGAUGGAAACAAGAAUUCAGGCGUUGUCUCAAUGUCUAAAUCAGAACAUGCGUAUGGAAUCAAAGCUAAACGAGUUCAAUGGCUUCCGAGGAGUACUUUGUGCAAUGAGGAGUGUUAGCUCAUUGCUUCUAAUGAUUUUGCUCUGUGGGGUUGCAUAUUGUUGGUCUUCCUCGUGCUUUGAGCAACAAGGGUAUGAAGGGCACAUGGUUUUUGGAUCAGGUUUUGUGGUUUCUAUGGCAAGAUUGCAGCAGAAAGUUGCACAUGAGAUUGACCAGAAUAAUGGGCAGCCAGGGAUUCUGCUUCUUGAAUUUCAACAAGCAAAAAUUGCCGUGGAGGAAUUGAAAGUGGAGUUGGAGAGAAUGGUGGGCUACAAUGAGCAGUAUGAGAUCCAAUCAAAAGUUGACAACUUGAAACGUUGCUUUGGGUUGUUGAGAUGUGGGGUUGAGACUAUAACAGGGCAACUUGAUGAUUUCCUUGAUGAAAUUGUGGAAGGAAGGAAGAAGCUUUUGGACAUGUGUAGUCAUAAAUAG